GCUUCCGUGCGCCUUGGAUCGUGCGCCUUGGACCGUGCGCCAGGCUGCGAGGGACCCGGGGUCUCCAGCUGGCGCGUGAGACUUGACAAUACUCCGGCAGUAACACGCUGCUCUUCACCGUUUCCCGUGACAACAGCCCGAGCUGAUGUGUCUCCUCUGGCAGCUGGUCGACGUCUUCCAACGCGCCGCUUGUCGUCGUGGCCGGGCGAUAACUGUCGGUUUUGCAUCGCGCCAUGUCCUUCUGUCGGACCGAGGUGGACAAUGAAGUUAUGGGAUAGUCUGACCACUUGUUUGAUUCUGCUGAGCGCCGUGCGCGCCGGCCCGCCGCUCCGGGGCAGGCAGCGAUCGACGGCCGCCGAGAGGAGAGGGCGCGCCGCCGAGAGUCCCCUGGAGCUCCCGCCGGUCCAGACCAGCCUGUCAGUCACAGCCGCGGGCAUCAGGCGCGCCGACGCGGACGCGGCGGAGUGGGGAGAGGCGGCGGCGGCGGCGACAUACAUCAUGGAGGAGCCCCUGCCAGGUGAUGUUGAAGACUUGGUGGACUUCAUCAAAGUGACCGUCAGUAGAAUUCGCCGCUCCUCCGUGUCCUCGCCUACCUCUUCCUCCACCACCUCCUCCCCCUCCAGAGAACACUUGAGCACUAACACUCGAAAUAGAAGGGAGAGGAAGAAGGGGGCAAGCCAGCAAAGUGGUAAAGGAGCAAGAGGAGGAGCUAGAGGUGCGGAGACGGGCAGGAAGGUUAGAGGAGGACGCGGUGGACGAGGACAGGGCUGUGUGCUCAAGCAGAUCCACCUCAAUGUGACGGACCUGGGUCUGGGCUACCGCUCCAGCGAGGAAAUGAUAUUCAAGUACUGCUCAGGGCCCUGCAGGAAGUCAGAGACCAACUACGACAAAAUCCUUUACAACCUCGCUCAUAAUAGGAGGUUUCUUCCCAAAGACACGCCCCCUCAGGCUUGCUGCCGGCCAAUAGCAUUUGACGAUGAUCUUUCGUUCCUGGAUGACAACCUUAUUUACCACACCGUGAGGAAGCACUCUGCCAGGAAAUGUGGUUGUGUGUAGGGACCGUGAACUGGUGUACGUUUGCUACUGAGUGUGUUUUAUUUCUCUGAAGACUUUUCACAUUGUGAGGAAACUUUCUGGCAUGAUGGCGUGAACCAUGUAGAGUACUUAGUUUGUCUGUAACUGAGUAAACAAGGAGAAAUUUGUUCCUUUCCCAAAGCAGUGACUCCGCCUCUCCACCUCGGCCCCACCACAAUAUCCACGUUAGACUUUACCCCUUAGCUCACAAAUGUCUUCAGUGUAAUUUGACAUAUUUCCUUGGAUACUAACCAAAAUGACUGAAACCAGACAAACUCAAACUCAACUAGAAUGGCCCUCAGUAGAGUGCAUACCUCCGCCUAGGCUCCUUAAUAUGCCUGAUUAUUUUCAUCAAGAUCCAUGCAUUAUUCCAUGGGACAUUGGGGAAAAUGUAAAAAAAAAAGGAAAAAAGUCCUAUCUCGAAAUGUAAAAGGAAUCUGCCCCUUCAUUCAGAUACGACACCAAAUUGUAAUGGGUUCUUUCUUGUCCCAUGUCCAAUCUUUUCACAAAGUUGUGGAAAUCCAUUCUGAAGUUACUGUUUAAUCCUGCAGACAAUCAAACAAACUAACCAUCAAACAAACAAACGGACAGGGGUGAAAACGUAACCUCCGUGGUGGAGGUAAUGAAUGACGCCGCAGACUCAUUAUGAAAAGUAUUUAUGAAAUGUUGAAUGUAUUAACUUAUUGAUAUUUAUUUCAGUUUUUAUAUGAGGAAUAAAUGUUAUUUAUUACGGUUUUGUGAUAUCUUACAGUGUGCCAAAGCUUUAAAUAAAUUAAAGACUGGGUGGUUUACAUUGCAAAAAUGUUGUUUUUUGCGUCAGGAUCUAAUGUUAAAGGUGCCCUGUUGAGUUGUCUUGUUUGCGAGCUCCUGGGCACGUGCAUGAUACAAAUAAAACAUGUGGUUGAAAAACUCCACAGGGCACCUUUACAAUUUUUCUUUGCAGGAAAACUUUCCUCAGUAUCUUAACAUUUACAAUGUCCUACAAUAUCAGUGUAUUUGACUGCAUUGUUUGUUUUGUUACUGGGUAAAAAAAAAAAAAAUCUAAAGUUAUAGCAAAGCGUUUUGUUCCAAAGAUUUGAGGAAUAGUGGAUGAUUCACUGUUCUCCUCUACGAUGAAUUGGUGUGGUACUGAAACCAGAUAUCCUCAUUUUGGAGACAUAACUACAGCAUUAUUUUCAUAAAGUGUUCACUUUUGAAUUGUCUCGUUUAAUUGUUAA